ACCUCACGUCAUGUUCUCUUUUUCUUCCUUCUUAUUUCUUUGAUUCCAGUUUUUUCUCAUUGAUAUCUUCUCCCCUCCAUGAUCGCUGGUGGUGACUUUUCCCUGCCUCUGUAUGGUCUGGUGAUCAUCCUCCGAUUGGCUCUGUUCUUGAUCACAAGUUCCAGUCAAGUUAGUUGGUGCAUCUGAUUUUGAUUACGAGUCCAGAGUAUCUUGAUCACGAGUCAAGAGUAUCUCCACCCUCGAAAAAGUGUAGUUAUUGGUCUGUGUCUCCAAACACUCUCUCGAUCAAAAUCAACAAAAGUGUUGUUGGUGCAUCUCUCUCCCUCUCCCACUGUUCUUGAUCAGAAUCCACAAAAGAAUGUUCGCACCUCUCUCUCUCUGCUCUUGAUCAAAGUCCACAGGAAGUGCUGCUGGUGCAUCUCUCUCGGCUCUGCCCUUGAUCAGAAUCUGCAAGUGUUGUCGGUGCGUCUCUCUCUCCCGCGCGCGCUGUGUCUCUUGUGUCUGUUGCGGUUAAAGAACAAAGCAUACACAUGGCUGAUGGCUCUGCUGCUUAUAUCAGAAUGGUGCAACACCUGAUCGAGAAGUGCCUCUUGUUCCACAUGAACCAAGAGGAGUGUGUUGAAGCUCUUGCAAAACAUGCCAACAUCAAACCCGUCAUCACAACUACUGUAUGGAAAGAGCUGGAAAAGGAGAACAGGGAGUUCUUUGAGGCCUACUCCGUCGAGAGGGAGCAUCGACGGUCCAGAGCUCAGGAUGCAGAAGCUAAGCGUAUCAUUCGUCAGAUGGUCAAAGACUCGGAUAGCUGAGUCGCCCCCCUGUGGGCAUCCCCUCCCAUGGCAGUACAUCACGUGGCAAAGGGCUGCCAGUGUCUCUCGUGUCACCCCUAUCUACUGCUGCACAGCAGUAGAAAGACAUAGAAAUAAGAGAGAGCGAGACUCCAUGGGGGCAUUGUCGUAUUGGUUGUUGGCUGGUAGCACACUGAGUGAGGUCGCCCUCAAAACAGGGAACCUUGCAGCGUGCUGAUACCUAGGUUGCCUUGUGCAAGUGCUGUUCUCCACGUGGCCUGCACCGGCUAGCUCUAGCGCUUGUUCUGACGUGGAACCACCCUGUGAAGACCACCGCCCCCUGCUCCCUUGAUGUUAAUAAUUGCACCCACUUGGAGAUUUUCAGUAGCUGUAUAUUUGAUUUUGUUGGUAUGUGAUAUGAUCUUCUUUUGGCAUAAUUCAUCUCUUAUUAUUGAGAGAGAGGGAGUAUGUGUGUUUGGAACCUGAACUGUAUUUUGGUUUUCUUCUGUAUCUGUGUUUGAGAUA